AUGAACAUCCUCCCCCCAGCAUCCGGCUCUUCACUCUGGGUCGCAUUCUACCGUAGCCGCUGGGCAGACAAUGUUUACCGCUCAACAUCCAGUAACGGCAUUGACUGGGAAACACCAAAAGCAACAAGCCUCCCAAACCCCAACAGCGGUAUCUGCGCAGCCCGUUUAUCAUCAGGCCAUAUCGCCAUUGUCUUCAACAGAUCAAGCACCUCAGCUGAUACCCUCAAACGACAAGGCUUAUACGAUGACAUCACACCUGAAGAUGAUAAGCGACCGAACCAAGUCACAAAGACAGGAAAGGAUGCGGUUUGGGGAACGCCCAGAAAGGCAUUGACGCUUGGAGUUUCGGAGGACGAGGGACUGACGUGGAGAGAGCGUGUGCUUGAGGAUGGCGAUGGGUUCUGUGGGACGAAUAGUUCUUUGGGACAGGAGAAUAGGGAGUUGAGUUAUCGGAGUAUUUAUAUUGAGAAGGGCGGGGAUAGUGAUGUUGCGCAUGUGGCGUACACCUGGCAUCGGCAGCAUAUUAAGUAUGUAAGGAUUGAUGAUGUCGAGGCAUGGGUUAGUUAG